ACCUACCGCCAGCAUGUUAACGUAAUGAGCAGUGUUGAUUGGCCGGUUCACACGCAUGCGUAACCGGAAGUUGUUUCCUGAGAAGCGCGUUGCAUUUACCAUGUGCAUUUAAUCAGGUUAACGAAUAGAUUUUAAACUUUUUAAACUUUUUUGGAGUUUUAUAUAAAAUAAUAUUUUACCUCUAGCGCGUUAUUAUUUACCUGUAAAACUGCAAUUUCUCACUGUGAACAAUGUAUCGUAUCUUGCGUUCGAAAUGGUUUGCAUCCGGCGUGUCCUUGACAGCUGGAGCGGGCAUGGGGGCUUUCAUAAUGGCAGCGUACACAGAUAGCUUGAACAAAAAACAAAACUCGAUUCAUGAUCUUCUCGGUCGAGUUCCCGUUAUUCCUAUCCCUAGUGUUGAGGCGGCCACUGAUUUGAUUCCGUUUCAGUCAGGGCAUGUUGGAACUUCUAGGGCCACAGCAGUGAUGAAAUACGGCUUCCCUUCCCUUUCCAACGUCAAAUCGAGGGAGUCCUACGUUAUGUCUUAUGAUCCCAGGAACAAGACUGCCCUUUGGGUUAUCGAACAGCUUAACAAUAACAGCAUACACGGUACGUCUGACAGAAAAUAUUGCGAAUUCAAAGAGGAUGAUUCAGUGCACGUUUACCACAGGGCAACAAACCCAGAUUAUAAAGGAAGCGGUUUCGACAGGGGCCACCUUGCUGCAGCUGCAAACCAUAAAUGGAGCCAAAAAGCAAUGGAUGAGACAUUUUACCUAAGUAAUGUUUCACCACAGAAUCCACACUUGAACCAAAAUGCAUGGAACAACCUAGAAAAGUACUGUCGCUCACUUACUAAACUCUACCUGAAUGUGUUUGUGUGCACUGGACCUCUAUACUUGCCCAGACAGGAGCCUGAUGGAAAGAUGUAUGUGAAGUAUCAAGUUUUGGGGAAGAACCAUGUUGCCGUACCAACCCACUUCUUCAAAGUGGUGAUCCUGGAGAAGCAGAACGGUGAAGUGGAGCUGCGGUCCUAUGUAAUGCCCAACAUGCCCGUGGAUGAACAUAUACCUCUGGAACGUUUCCUGGUGCCAGUGGAGAGUAUCGAGAGAGCUUCGGGACUCCUUUUUGUGCCUAAUAUCAUGAAGAGAACAAAUAGCUUGCGUACAAUAACUGCAGGGGGCAAGUGAGGUUUAUCAACCAGCUGUCACUGAAGAGCAUUUGUUUCUGCAGUGUUGCAGUCUUUGUGUAGUAAAAAAAAAAAAAAAAAGGUGAGUAAUCUAAUAAUAUAUGGAUAUACUGUGGUCUUUGACAGACCAUUGACUUGACCCCACUCAAUAAAAGACUUGUCCUCCAGG